GCAGCACCUGAUGACCGCUGUGGAGCUCUGCUUCAUGAACUUCUCCUGCUGCCUCUCCUCACGCACAGGAGUGACAGCUGACUCGCCGCGUGGAUUAAUUAAUAGUGCGUUUAUUUGUUUUAUGUUUGCGCAUGCUGUGAAGAGAGACGCUGCAGCUUUGUGCAACAGGAGCUCUCAUCUAUAGUUUGAUUCUUUAACUGCAAAGACGCGGGACCUGAACAGAUCAUGAGAGGAGGCUCGGUGACACAGCAUCCACGACUGACCUUUGACCCUUAAGAGAGAGCGCUGUCUCCCUGGGUGUGAUUCCAGAGAGGGAGGGUCCAGGGAUGGACAUGGAAAGCUACCCAGGGGGAAGCACCUCUGGACCCAACAUCACAAACUGCUCCAGCCCACCUGCCGGCAGCCUGCAGGCGGUCCAGUUCACAGACGGGAUGGCAGUGGUGGUGGUUGUUCUCAGCCUCCUCACCCUCCUUACUGUGCUCAUCAACGGUGCUGUCAUCAUCGCCAUCUGCACCACCAAGAAGCUCCAUCUGCCGGCCAACUACCUCAUCUGCUCUCUGGCCGUCACAGACUUUCUGGUGGCACUCCUGGUGAUGCCCAUCAGCAUCCUCUACAUCACCAUGGAGUCAUGGUCCCUGGGUCAGGUGGUAUGUGAGAUGUGGUUGAGCAUGGACAUGACCUGCUGCACAUGCUCCAUCUUGCACCUAUGCGCCAUCGCCCUGGACCGGUACUGGGCCAUCACCAAAGCUAUCGAGUACGCUCGCAAGAGGUCGGCACGCCGUGCAGCCAUCAUGGUGGCGAUAGUCUGGGUCAUCUCAGUGUUCAUAUCCAUGCCACCCUUAUUCUGGAGGCAGAGGCCGAGAAGAGAUGGUCUCCAACAGUGCAUCAUAGAGCAUGACCACCUGGGUUACACUAUAUACUCUACUUUGGGGGCAUUUUAUAUUCCCAUGAUCAUCAUUCUUAUCUUAUACUACAGGAUUUACAACGCUGCUAAAACUCUUUACCAGAAGCGCGGCUCUUCUCGGCACCUCAGCAGCCGGAGUAUGGGCAGUCAGAACUCUGUAGACCAUUGUCGUGUUUCGCACACAUUUUGUGUGUCAGACUUGUCCAACUCAGAUCCCACACUGGCUACUGACAAACUCACCACCACCAUCCGCAUCCCAUCCUUUGAGACGGAUGUGGAUGGGCAGGAUGAGAAGAACCAGAUAUGCACCUCACGUGAGAGGAAAGCAGCGAGAAUCCUGGGCCUCAUCCUCGGGGCUUUCAUUAUCUGCUGGCUGCCUUUCUUUUUAAAGGAGCUUCUGGUGGGUCUGCGAGUGUUACAACCUUCUCAACUUCUCUCGGACUUUCUGACUUGGCUGGGUUAUAUCAACUCUCUCAUCAACCCGCUGCUGUACACCAGCUUCAAUGAUGACUUCAAGCUGGCUUUUAAAAAGCUGCUCAAGAGAAAGGAGCAUGUAUAAGUCUGAGGUUAC